AUACCGGAAGAUUUACUUCUCUCCUGACACGUAGCAACCACAAUCAAGUUGGCUGAGCUCCGUGUAGAGUUGUACACUGAAACAGCCACCAAAGUACAAAAUGUCAGGUUUUGACAACUUCAACACAGACUUUUACCAGUCCAGCUACAGUGUAGAUGACCAAAACCAGGGUGGCUAUGGCUACAGCAACGCUGAAAACCCCUACAACAAGCAAUAUGGUCAGUAUGAUUACUCUCAGCCUAUGGGCUACACUUCCCCGGGAGUGGUGCCGCCCCAGCAGCCAUAUACAGGACAAAUCUUCCAGCCCACGCAAACCUACACCCCAUCCGCAUCACACUCCAUGUACAGCAACAGCUUCGAUGAUGAGCCGCCACUGCUAGAAGAGCUGGGAAUCAAUUUUGACCACAUCUGGCAGAAGACUCUGACGGUGCUCCAUCCAAUGAAAGCAGCGGAUGGGAGCAUAAUGAACGAGACGGACCUGGCGGGACCUAUGGUCUUCUGUCUGGCUUUUGGGGCGACACUUCUCCUGUCGGGGAAGAUCCAGUUUGGUUACGUGUACGGCAUCAGUGCCAUCGGCUGCCUCGGCAUGUACUGCCUACUCAACCUCAUGAGCAUGACGGGCGUGUCGUUCGGCUGCGUGGCCAGCGUGCUGGGAUACUGCCUCCUCCCCAUGAUCCUCCUCUCCAGCUUCGGCGUUAUCUUCUCCUUACAGGGUAUGUUGGGAAUUGUUCUAACGGCGACUAUCAUUGGCUGGUGCAGUCUCUCGGCCUCAAAGAUCUUCAUCUCAGCGCUGGCGAUGGACGGCCAGCAGUUUCUGGUGGCGUACCCCUGUGCCCUGCUGUAUGGAGUCUUUGCGCUCAUCUCCGUCUUCUGAGAAAAUGAUCAGUUUAAAAUAACUGCUCCCCCAGUUUCUAUAAUUUCAGCCUAAUUAGCGUCAGUGUAAUUAGGGUAAUUAUUGGCUAAUUACACGGUUGCUACAGAAAAAAAAGGAGACUCCAUCUGAAGCAGCAAAUCAGAAUUUUUUUCUCUUCUUUUUUUUUUUUUUUUUUUUUUAAUACCGUGCCCCCCCGCUUCCUUCAACUCUCAUAACAUUCCAAGUAGACCCUCCGAAAGCUGGCGCGCUCAUGUCGCCCCGUCGCUCUCAACCCCUCCGCGGCUCGGUCUCUUUAUUUACUUAAAGGAGACGAGUGUCAGAACAAACCUGGUGAAAACAAAAGCCCCUGCGGGACCACAUCUAGCUCCAUAUGGCUCGGCACAGUCUCACGAUUCAGAGAAAAUAAAAGGGGGAAGGUGUCAGUUCGUUUAAAGGAAACCCCAGCAGAAUGUUUGAAUUGGACUCAGCUGGGAAAAGACGCUUCAAGGAGCCUGACAGAAAUGCGGAAAAUCGUGUUUUGUUUGAUUUUUUUUUUUUCAAACGGCCUCAGAUUCGAUGACACGGCAAAACAAAGGGAGGCUUCUCCUCUCCACUGAUGCCGUUUUACCCGGGACCGAGGAGCCGCGAACCCCAUCGGCUGCGUCGUCCUCCCUCA